ACACACACACACACACACACACACACACACACACACACACACACACACACACACGCCCACACACGCCCACACCCCAUCGCUCAACAUGAAGGACAAAAACGGCUGGGACGGAAAGCUACGGGUCGAACCGAAAGCCACGAUCACGAACCCGGAAGCCCUAGAAGACCCCGAUUACUCGGACUCGGAUGCGCCGCCUGUGGAGGAGAUCGAGGCCGAUGAGGAUCUAUUGGAGGACGAGGACCCAGACGCAGAGGAAAUCGACCUCGUUCACUGUCGCAUAACUUCGCUUCCGGCGUUGCGGUUGGAGCGGUUUCCCAAGGUGAAGAGAUUAUGUUUCCGACAGAAUCAAAUCACACGAAUCGAAUUCCCCACGGAAGUUGCCAAGUCGUUGACGGAACUCGAUCUCUACGAUAACCUGAUAUCGCAUGUGAAGGGACUUGAUGAGUUCGAGAAUUUGACCAGCUUGGAUCUUAGCUUCAAUAAGAUUAAGCAUGUUAAGAAUAUUUCGCAUUUGGUCAAGUUGACGGAUCUGUAUUUUGUGCAGAAUAAGAUCUCGAAGAUAGAGGGGGUGGAGACGUUUACGUCGUUGAGGAAUCUGGAGCUGGGGGCGAAUAGGAUUCGGGAGAUUGAGAAUCUGGAUAAUCUGAAGGCGUUGGAGGAGCUGUGGCUGGGGAAGAAUAAGAUCACGGAAUUGAAGAACCUCGAUGGCCUCUCCAACCUGCGCAUCCUCUCUAUCCAGUCGAACCGUCUCACGAGUAUCAGUGGGCUCUCGAACCUGAAGAACCUGGAGGAACUCUAUGUGUCCCAUAAUGCGAUCACCGACCUUAGCGGUCUCGAGGAGAACACCUCGCUGCGCGUGCUGGACUUUUCCAACAACCAGGUGUCCAAGCUGGAACAUGUGUCUCAUCUGAAGAAUCUGGAGGAGCUGUGGGCGUCCAACAACCAACUGUCGAGCUUCGAUGAAGUGGAGCGCGAACUCCGGGACAAGGAGAAACUCCAGACGGUGUACUUUGAGGGCAACCCGCUACAGACGAGAGCGCCAGCAUUGUAUCGGAAUAAGGUGCGGUUGGCGAUACCGCAUAUCAUGCAGGUUGACGCGACGUAUAUCCGCGUUGUGUAAGGGAACGAUUUCUUCAUCUUACAUGCCAUCAACCUCAUCCAUAGCUAUUAAUGUACCCGCCCACCUACCCAUCAC